UCAGGAACGGUCACUCUACAGAGCCGGCGUAAACAAAACGAUAAAAUUUGGUUAAAUUAAUUAAAUUAGCUAAAAAUAUGAAACAAAAGGAUCUGAAACGGGCUUACAAUAAUGUCCUGGCACAGGCUAUAUCCGACUCUAAUCAGUACCUAUUUGCGGGCAAUCUCUUUGGCGACAUUUUCGUACUCAGAAUAAAAGAACUGGACAAGGGUUCCGAGGAGCCACCUGGCAAACUAAAGAUCUUCCCGCAGGGCAGCGAUGUGGACAUCAAUUACCUGGCCUUCCAUCGCGAUUUCCUGAUAGUGGGUGCAGUGGGUCUUAUUUACGGAUUGAAAUGGAACGAGGAGGAGGAAUCCCUGGCCACCAAACGCUCCUGGGAAGUAAAGAUACCCAUUCAAGUGGAUGCCGUCGAGGUGCCCGAUGUGAACUCCAUGUGGCUGGACUCGGAAAACAGCAUCCUGUUCGCUGGCUGUGGCGACGGAGUGAUCUACCAAGUGAGUUUGGAGGACGGACGCAUUCAGCGCGAGUACCGCGGACACACAGACUACGUGCACAGUGUGGUGGGCAAUGCCAAAGGACAGAUCUUCUCUGGCGCCGAGGAUGGCACUGUGCGAGUGUGGAGCACCAAGCAGCAGCAGCACACUUCAAUGCUGGAGCCUUACAAGAACCCAAAUCUGUUGCGUCCGGAUUGGGGCAAAUGGAUAGGAGCUGUGGCUGUCAACGAGGAUUGGCUGCUUUGCGGUGGUGGACCCAAAGCAUCAAUUUUCCACCUGCGUUCCCUGGAAAGCACAUGUGUCUUUAACUUCCCCGGACGCGUGCAUCUAUGUGACUUUGUGGACGACUGUGUGUUAAUCGGUGGCGAGCACAAUCAUGUGCAGUCCUACACCCUAAAUGGAGUACUGCAAGCCAAUAUUCCCGUGGAGCACACUGCCUGCUACUCUGCUGUUUGGCAAACAUCGCCCAUUAAAUUCAUUUCCAUUGCUGGUUUCAGCAACAAGUUGCACAUCCUCAAGGAUUUCCGCUUCCUGGACAGCAAGAUUGAUAUGUAUGGCAAUGUAGAGGGCGAGGAAAACGACCUGGAGGAGGAAGACGAACUUAUUGAAAAACCUCUGACAGUUGAGGCGGCAUAAAGGUUUAAUAAAUUUGUUCUUUAAUUACAUUA